UAGAAUCUUACUUUAAUCUUUGCUGUUACAGUGUUACUGUACUCAUUCUCUGUCUCUUUGUCAGCUUUUGUUCUUUUUAUUACAGUCAUUACAAACUCUUUACCAAAUUCCUAUAAUGCAAAUGGUUUAUAAUCAUACAAAGAAAAAGUUGGAGUCUUUACCUUUGAGAGUGUUUUAGAGAGAGAAAAUGGGGUGAGGGAAACUAAUGUUGCAGCUGGGAAAUUAGCAUUUCAGCUGCUGACCAUUUCUGGGUUCCAAUAUUUUGGUUUGAAGAUCUGAAUUUCGUCAUUGUUUGAUUAGGAUUUCGAUUAUCUGGAGAUAGAGUGGACAUUGGUACAAUUGAGCGGGUUCAAGAAGUGAACCAGAGAUCUGUCAGUCUCCUUUAGAUUUAAUAAUUAGGUGGUUAGGAAAAGAUAAACCAUUAGUCUGGCCUGGAUCCAGGACCGGACUUUUGCAAAGUCUAUAUCAGUUGCUUUGCUGGUGGCCGGUAUCAUGGCGACUUUAUCGCAUUCUGAAUCGAGGCGAUUGUAUUCUUGGUGGUGGGACAGCCAUAACAGUCCAAAGAAUUCAAAGUGGCUUCAGGAAAAUCUUACAGAUAUGGAUGCUAAAGUUAAAGCGAUGAUCAAGCUCAUUGAAGAAGAUGCAGAUUCAUUUGCAAGGAGGGCAGAAAUGUACUAUAAAAAGAGGCCAGAGCUGAUGAAAUUAGUUGAGGAGUUCUACCGAGCUUACCGUGCGUUGGCAGAGAGGUAUGAUCAUGCAACUGGUGAGCUUCGCCAAGCCCAUCGAACCAUGGCAGAAGUAUUUCCCAACCAAGUACCUUUUGUGCUGGCUGAUGAUACACCUUCAGGUUCCGAGGGUGAGCCUCGUACACCAGUAAUGGCACAUCCUAUUCAUGCAUUUCUCGAUGCAGAUGAUCCUCAUAAGGAUACACCAGACUCUGGAAUAAGCAGAAGUGGUUUAAAACAGCUCAAUGAGAUGUUUGGAUCAGGAAAAGGAGGUUUUAAAGGUUCUGAAGCCAAUAUGAAGAACUCUUCAAACGUUCAUGAAAUUGCGGAGGGCGAAUCUGAAAAGAAAGCCGAAGCUGAAGUUCAAAAUUUGAAGAAUUCUCUUGAGGAAAUUGAAGCUGAAAAGGAAGCUUUUCGUCUUCAAUACCAGCAGACCUUGGAGAAGUUAUCAAGCUUGGAGAGAGAACUUAACGAAGCUGAGGGGCUUGACGAACGAGCAAGCAGAGCUGAAAUUGAGGUUAAAAUCCUGAAGGAGACUCUUGUUAAGUUAGAAGCCGAGCGAGACGUUGGUCUUCUUCAGUAUAAUAAAUGCUUGGAAAGAAUAUCUUGUAUGGAGAGUAUGCUUUCUCAAACGCAAGAAGAUGCAAAGGGCCUUAAUGAGAGAGCCAUUCGAGCAGAAAUAGAAGCUCAAAAUCUCAAGCAAGAACGAGACGCCCUGGAGACUCUAAAGGAAACUCAUCUUCUUCAGUACAAUCAAUGUCUGAAGAUGAUAUCAAUUCUGGAAGCGAAAAUCUCUGUUGCAGAGGCAAAUUCUAGAAUGCUUAAUGAGCAAAUUGAAAAUGCAGAAAUUGAAGUUAAAGAUUUGAAGCAAGCUCUUGCUAGAUUGAAUGAAGAGAAAGAAGCUGUGGAACUUCAGUAUGAGCAGUGUUUGGAGAGAAUAGCUAAAAUGGAGAGUGAAAUUUCUCGUGCCAGAGAAGAUGUGGAAAGACUCAACAGUGAACUAUCAACCGGGGCUGCAAAAUGUAAGAGUGUAGAAGAACAGUAUAUUUUGCUAGAAAGCUCAAAUCAAUCUCUUCAGUUGGAGGCAGACAAUCUGGUACAGAAGAUAGCCACAAAAGAUCAACAACUGUCGGAGAAGGAAAACGAACUGGGGAAACUUGAGAGUUCACUGCAAUAUGAGCAGUCACGGUUUCUUCAAGUUGAAGCUGCUUUGAAAACUUUGCAGCAGUUGCACUCUCAAUCUCAAGAACAGCAAAGAGAUUUGGCGCUAGAGCUUCAGAAGAGGCUCGAAAUGUUGAAUGAUUUGGAGAUAUGCAACAAUGACCUGCAGAGAGACCUCCAGCAGGUCAAGGAGGAAAACUCGAGCCUCAAUGAAUUGAACUGCUCUUCCGGCAUUUCAAUAAAUAAUCUGCGAGAUGAAAUUCGUAGCUUAAAGGAAAUGAAAGAUAAACUCGAAGAGGACCUAGCCCUGCAACUGGCUCAAAGUAAUUCCCUGCAGGAAGAGAUAAACCAUUUGAAGGAGGAGCUCGAGGGCUUGAACGGGAUCUACCAGGCUUUGAUAGAACAAGCGGGCGCAGCUGGUCUUGAUCCCAAAUGCCUUAGUUCAUCAAUCAGGAGCUUGCAAGAGGAGAACUCGAAGUUAAAAGGAGUCUGCCAAAAAGAAAGAGAUGAAAAGGAACAUCUGUUUGAGAAGCUAAGGGAUGUAAAUGAGCUUCUGGAUAAGAACUUAGCUUUGGAGAGAUCUCUGUCGGAAUUGCGUAGCAAAUUGGAAGGAUCCAUAGAGACGGUCAAAGAGUUGAAGGAGUCGUGCCAGUUUCUUCAGGGCGAAAAAUCCGGUCUUGUUGAGGAAAAAUCCAUCCUGCUUUCUCAGUUACAAAUAAUGGCUGAGAAUAUGCAAAAGCUUUUGGAGAAAGACGGUUUGCUGGAAAGUUCACUCUCGCGCGCAAAUGUUGAACUCGAAGGUCUGAGGGAAAAAUCCAAAGGCUUGGAAGAAUUGUGCCAGAUGCUGAAAAAUGAUAAGUGCAAUCUUCAAAAUGAAAGAUCCACUCUAGUGAUUCAGCUAGAAAAUGUUGAACAGAGACUGGGAAACCUAGAAAGAAGGUUUACAAAAUUAGAAGAAAAAUAUUCUGAUCUAGAGAAUGAGAAAGAAUCGACACUGUCCGUAGUAAAAGAAUUACAGAGUUACCUUGGCUUGGAGAAACAAGAGCGUGUAUAUUAUAUACAGUCCAGUGAGUCCCGAUUGGCGGGUCUGGAAAACCAGGUCGUUCUGCUGAAGGAAGAAAGCAAGUUGAGUAAGAAAGAAUUUGAAGAAGAACUAGAUAAGGCUGCAAAUGCUCAGGUUGAGAUUUUCAUCUUGCAAAAGUUUAUACAAGAUUUGGAGGAGAAGAACUUAUCUUUGUUAAUUGAAUGCAAGAAACACGUCGAGGCAUCCAAAUUGUCAAAUAAACUGAUAUCGGAGUUGGAAACUGAGAAUCUUGAGCAGCAGGUGGAGGUGGAAUUCUUGUUGGAUGAAGUUGAAAAGCUGAGAAUGGGAGUUCAUCAAGUGUUCAAGGCAGUUCAAUUUGAUUUGGAUAAUGAGCAAGAAGACGGGACUGAAGAGGGGCAAAUUCCUCUACUACAUAUUCUCGGCGACAUUGAGGACCUAAAAGGCUCACUCCUAAAAAGUGAAGAGGAGAAGCAGCAAUUGGUUGUUGAGAACUCAGUGCUCCUUACUCUACUUGGGGAACUAAGAUCAGAUGGCGCCCUACUCGAGUCUGAGAAAAAAGUUCUUGAUAGGGAGUUUGAGAUAGUGACAAAGAAGUGUACCUUGCUGGAUAAGGGACAGCAUGAGCUUGUCGAGAUGAACAGGCAAUUGAGGUUGGAACUAAAUAUGAGAGAGCAGCACGAGGAAGUUCUAAAGGCGGAAUUUAAUGCUCAGCAUGCGAAUCUUGCGAAUUUGCAGGGUUCGUGCAUGGCAUUGGAAGAACAGAACAUUAAGGCGCUUGAAGAAAACAGAUCUUUGCUCAAUAAAUUUUCUGAUCUAAGACGGGAAAUAUUUAUACUUGACGCAGAAAACAGUGACAUUCUCGAGGAAGCACUUUCUCUCGGCAAUCUAGCAGCGGUUUUCAAAAGCUUUGGGAGUCAGAAAGUUGAGGAACUCCAUACCCUUUCCGAAGAUCUCAGUUGUCUCUGUGUGACUAACAAUGACCUCGAGAAGAAGGUUAAGCUGUUGGAGCAGAAGCUUGAGGCCAAAGAAACAGAGAGUUUACAUGUAACUGAAACAAUUAAGAAAUUGCACCAGGAGCUGCAAGAAGACAAAGACAUAACUGAUCAAUUAAAUUAUCAAAUUUUAAUUGGGCAGGAUUUUCUCAGAGAGAGAGCUGCUGAGUUUUUGGAAGUGGAACAUAAGCUUAAGGUUACACACAACACCAAUGCUGAGUUAUGCAAUAUUAUUGAGGUGCUGAAGAAGGAAUGUAAAGAAUCAAGAAUAGCUAGAGAGAGUAUUGCAAAGCGGAUAGUUGAACUGUCUAAAGACAACAAAAGUCAGAAAAUAGAAAUCGAAUUUCUUAAAGAAGCAAAUGAAAAUCUGGAGUUAGAAGUGGAUAUGUUAUGCAAGGAAGUUGAAGAACGAAGGGCUAGAGAGGAGAACUUGAAUUUGGAGUUGCAGGAGAGAAGUAACGAGUUUCAACUUUGGGAGGCUGAGGCUUCGUCGUUCUAUUUCGAUCUUCAGAUAUCUUCCGUACGUGAGGUCUUGCUUGAAAAUAAAGUUCAUGAGCUGACUGCAGUUUGUGAGAGUCUUGAAGAUGAAAAUGCCACCAAAGAUAGCACAAUUGAGUUCAUGAAAGAAAGAUUUGGAUUCCUUGAAACUGAGAUGGGACAGCUGAAGGCUCAGUUGUCUGCAUAUGCUCCCGUCAUAGCUUCUCUAAGAGACAACGUAGAAUCUCUUGAAUGCAAUGCGCUUCUUCACACGCCAUCUGUUGUGGCUGGAAAUCAAGAACUGAUUGGUGCAGAAAUGCUCAUUGAGCCACAGGAAAGGAGCAAUCAAGAACUGAUGCACAAUGAAACAAUACCAGAUGGAGUUUCUGAUUUGCUCGUGAUACAAAAUAGAGUUAAAGCAAUUGAGAAGACUGUGGUAACUGAAAUGGAUAAGCUGGUGACACAGAAACGACUAAAUGUAAAUGUCAGGCUAGAUUCAUCAUUGAGAUGCCGAUCAAAAAGAGAGAGCUUCCGAAAGGAAGCGGAAGACAUUGAGAAUGAGCCAGCUGAUAAUCCUAAGUCAUUUACGAGUAAAACCAAAAUUUCUGAUGUGAAGAAUGGCAUCUCGAUGAAAGAUAUUCCGCUUGAUCAGGUUUCAGAUAUUUCUUUAUAUGGAAGAAGCAAGCGAGAGAAUGCCGAUGCUGAUAAUAAUCAGAUGCUUGAGAUGUGGGAAUCUGCUGAACGAGACCUUAGUCUUGUUCCAGCGUCUAGUGAUGCACAUAAGCGGGAAGAUGCACAGUUAAAGAAUGUUGAUGCUGGUCGGCGAUUCAAAGGUACCAAACACAGGAGUCGGAAUCCGUCUUUAGAGUUACAGGUGGAGAGGGAAGUGGAAAUUGACAAGCUGGAGGUAUCUAGAAGCUUCAAGAAACAGGCUAAUCGAGAUGGGAGCCAAAUCAAGACCUUGGAGAGGCUUGCUUCUGAUGCUCAGAAAUUAGCGUCGCUUCAAACAACCGUGGCAAAUUUGAAAACGAAAAUGGAAACAACGAAGAGGAGCAAGAAGGCUAGCAAAAACCUUGAAUUUGAAAGAUUGAAACGACAGUUACAAGUAGUUGAGGAGGCUGUUGUGCAGCUGGUUGAAGCUAAUGAUCAGUUAACAAAAGAUAUGGAAGAGAGUCCCUCAUCUGUAGACGGAUACACAUCGGAGGAGACCGGAGACGCUAGAAAAAGACUAACGGAACAAGCACGGAAAGGAUCGGAAAAAAUUGGUCGGUUCCAGUUCGAGUUACAAAGCAUCCAAUACAUGCUGCUAAAAAUGGAGGAUGAAAAGAAUAACAAAAGCAAACGCAAGCUUGCAGGCAUCAUCUUGAGGGACUUUAUUUACAGCGGUAGCCGAAAAAGUACCCGACGGCGGAAAAAAGGUUGUUUCUGCGGCUGUGCAAGACCUUCAACGCAUGAAAAUUGAAGCUUAUUUGAUAGUUAGUAUCUUUGAAAUGUUGCUGACCUUGUAGUACUUAAAGAAUAUUUCUGUUUUGUUUUUUUCAGCUUAAGAGAGAACUAAAAAAACUAGCCUGAUUUAGCACAAUAAGCUGUUUUACUUCAGCAUUUAUAUUACAUUUUCAGCUGAAAAUUAUUAAUGCAGAUUCCGAAA